AUGAUCAUGGUGCAGAAAAGCACGAAUCCCAGUGCAACAAAGCCCCGGCUGUCCAUUGCUGAAAAGUUUGAUAUUAUCCCUGCCAUUUUCUCAAUCCUGUCAGCGGGUUUCUUUUCAUUGUUCUCCGGCCUCAGUCGAAGCGAGAAAGGUGCCCCCACUUUCUUCUUGCAUAUCGCCUAUGCAAUCCUUCGCAAGGCUACUAAGCGGUUCUCUAUAUUGCAGUUUCAAUCAUUAUCACCAUCGACCGAUCAGCUGUAUGAAAAGUACGCACGGUCGUUAAGAAAAACGCCGCAGACUGUGGAGCUAGAAUACGGCGGCAAGGGACAUUGGAUUGGAGAUAGAAACGCCAAAAAUGUGUUGGUCUGGUAUCACGGCGGGGGUUUCUGCCUUCCAGCAAAUAUGGGCUACUUCAAGUUCUGGGAACGUCUCGUUGUAUCAUCCCAUGCCAAGGACCUUGCCAUUUUCGUCUUGACCUACACGCUUGCACCGCACGCACAAUACCCGACACAGAUCAUUCAAGCCGUUGAAGCACUUCGGUACAUUGUGACACAAUCCCAUAGGCGCCCUGGUCAGAUCAUACUGGGAGGAGACUCGGCCGGCGGGAACUUGGCAGUGGGAGUGCUCAGCCAUCUUGCUCACCGGCACCCAGCUGUCGCAAAGCUUGACCUCUCUGAGCCUCUGGGAGGCCUUGCUCUCAUCGCGCCCUGGACUUCACUUGAUUAUCAACCCCCGGAAAAUUUGGAUUGCAGAGGCGAUAUUAUCACGCCAUAUGUUGCCGGCCCGUGGUCCCGUGCAUAUUUGGGACAUUCAACCCGGAACUAUUACACUGACCCAUCUACUGCACCGUCUACUUGGUUUCGGGAUUUUCCAGUAAAAAAGGUCUUGAUUCUGGCUGGGCAAAAUGAGAUCAUGCUUCAUGAUAUCAAGGGUUUCGCGGAAAAAUUUGUGGUAAGGCCCACUUCAACUGCCAUGACAAAUCUGGGAAGUGGACAUUCCGAAGGCUGA